AUGAGCAGAGCCAAGCCCACUUCUCACUCUUCGCCAGUACUCGUCUCUCUCUCUCUCUCUCUCCAGAAUUUUUUCCUUUUGUUCAUCUCAGCAGCUUUGAUUAUUUUCUGAAGCGAUCUUGUUUGGGUUGUUAUCUUUUUCUUGUUGGCUAGGUUUGGUAUCAAACUUUUAACAAUUUGGGCUGAAGAACUGACUCAACAUGCCGUGGGGAUCUCCAAAACAUUCUGGGAAGUGUGUGCGAUUGGUUGUGUUCUUUCGUGUUAUUUUGUAAUUUGAUUUGAUUUGGACAAUUUCAUUUAUCAAUCACAUUUCAGUAGAUUCUACACCCGCUUAAUUUUGGUUGGAGGAGUGAAAGACUGGGAAUGCACAUUUCAGUUACCAGAAAGAAGUAUCAGAAAGUGAAAGAACUUGGAAACAUUAAUAUGUGUAUUGGAAGCAUUGCUUUUUACCAAUUGAUGCAAGUUUGUCAGGUGAGUGCUUCUAUGUUCAUUGCGUUGGAAGCAUUUCCAUUAUUUUUCCUUGCGUUCGUGGAUGAACCGCAUUGAAAUAAGUUAUUUCUCCUGCUCCCCAUUUUAUGUUUCUUUGGUCAUUUUCUUCUGCUACUUCUCAUACUAAUGUCAAAUUGUUAAGAUGGUUCUUCGAUUUCUUUUUCUUACAGGCUGAGUAUUUCCGUCAGUUGCUUAAACCUGUUACGUAGUCUUGUUUGUUCAAUUCUUGAAGUUGGGACUGUCCUCCAGUUGGGUCAAAAUACUCAGUUAAAUACUUGUGAAGCACUGAACACAAAUUCUUCACGAAUCUAGAGAGCUUUCUUCCGCUGUGAUGGAUACACCAUAGGUGUACCCCGUAAACCUCUUCCUACUAUUUCAUUCUAUUUCUCCUAAAACCAUUACCUAUUUGAAAUUGAGCAUUAUCAUUCCUAAACCAUCAACCCAUGCAUAGUCACCAGCCACACUUUUCAGGCAAGCCCAUGCAACCUCUAGCCGACCAAUUUGACUACUACAUGCAAAAUGCUCCUAUGUCAUCUCUCCUUAAUGGGGGAAUUAUGCCCCCUGGUAUUAAACCACUUAUGCCCUUCCAUAGUUUUGACAUCCAACCCUCUGAUGCCUGUCCUAGAAAUUUUGUUAUCUUUGACCAAACGACUAAUAGAAGCCAGAUAAUGUAUCAUCCUGGAAUAAACUCCAAAUUCUUCUAUCCUGGUUUGGGUGUCGAUGCUGUAUGUCAAGACAAUAUCAAUCAAAAGGAUGCAAAUGAUGAAAUAAAGCUUACCUCUCCCCUUGAAGAAGAUUCAGAUGAUAUUGACGCCCUGUUAAGCACAGAAAAUGAGGAAAACGAGGAUUUUGAUGAUGAGGAGGUGAGCACUGCCCGUACAGGUGCAGUCUAUAAGUGCGAUUCUCCAGAUUCGUGCUCCAAUUAUGAAUCGCCAUCAGAAAAGAGUGGGUCACUUUUCAGGAAGUUUUCUGGGAGUUGCUGCAAUGACAAGAAGCGCCAGAGAACGAGGAAGAUGGUGAAGGUGCUGAGAGGAAUCGUUCCUGGUGCUAGUCGGAUGAGUACUGUUGCAGUUCUUGAUGAAGCUGUUCGCUACCUGAAGUCUCUAAGGGUGGAAGCCCAGAAGCUGGGAGCCAGAAAUUUUAAAGACCAUGCUUAAACUCAUUCAAAUUCCCAGAUUAGCAUUGACAUGGUUGUGACGUCUAGCUGGGUCUUGUUUGUGAUGUAACUACUCCCUGAGCAUGUGAUCCUAACAUUACUACAACUGCUGUUAAAUCAUUUAAUGACAUAAACCUGUGGGUUCAAUCUUUUGCUAUC